UGAUCUGGAAGCAUAAACAAGAACUGAAGCUGAAGGCUCUAGGGGUUCCCAACCUGUGAUCUCCAGCAGACACUUCUGGUGUGUCACCGGAUUCAGGCUCCUGGGAUAAAGAAAGCAAAGGAAGUCUGGAGUGGAGACGAAGAAACCCCAGGCACUCUGAGAGCUGCUACCUUUUCCAUGUGUGCUGCCAGACACUUCUCGUCAGGGACCAAGUACCCCAAGGGAGUGGAGAGAGGCCUGGGCUGGGCCAGACUUCCUGGGCUUUAACCUGUGCUCCAAGUAGGUGGGUCACAUUUUACCCAGCGGGAGUUGAAGAGUCACCUGGUGCUUCAACGGGACUGAUUUCCUGGGCCUGGAGUUGGAGAUCAGAGGUCUGACAUGGCUCACCUGAUGACUGUGCAGUGGUUGCUCCUGCUGAUGUGGAUGGCCGAAUGUGCCCAGUCCAGAGCUGCUCGGGCCAGGACCGAACUUCUCAAUGUCUGCAUGGAUGCCAAGCACCACAAAGAAAAACCAGGCCCAGAGGACAAGUUACAUGACCAGUGUAGCCCCUGGAAGACGAAUGCCUGCUGCUCCACCAACACAAGCCAGGAAGCACAUAAGGACAUUUCCUACCUGUACCGAUUCAACUGGAAUCACUGUGGAACUAUGACCCCGCAGUGCAAACGUCACUUUAUCCAAGACACCUGCCUCUAUGAGUGUUCCCCGAACUUGGGACCCUGGAUCCAGCAGGUGGACCAGAGCUGGCGCAAAGAGCGGAUCCUUGAUGUUCCCCUGUGCAAAGAAGACUGUGUGCUGUGGUGGGAGGAUUGCAAGAGCUCUUUUACCUGCAAGAGCAACUGGCACAAGGGAUGGAACUGGACCUCGGGGCAUAAUGAGUGCCCUGUGGGAGCCUCCUGCCAUCCCUUCACUUUCUACUUCCCUACACCUGCUGUUCUGUGUGAGAAAAUCUGGAGUCACUCCUACAAGCUCAGCAACUACAGCCGAGGGAGCGGCCGCUGCAUCCAGAUGUGGUUCGACCCAGCCCAAGGCAACCCCAACCAGGAAGUGGCGAGGUUCUAUGCCGAGGUCAUGAGUGGAGCUGGGCUUCGCGAGGCCUGGCCGCUGGUGUGCAGCCUGUCCUUAGUGCUGCUCUGGGUGCUCAGCUGAGUUCCUGUUACUCCUUGUCUGGAGCACCACCCUGCCCGGCUUAGCCUCCCAGCUCCCAGCCUCCUUUGUGGUGGGGCUCUGACAGCCUGUUUAAUAAACCAGACAUUCCACAUG